AUGAUUGUUGGUCGAUGUAGUGGUGCUGGAGGUCGACAACUACUACAUCAAUUCUCAAGUUGUCGAGCACUAGAGCAAGAGCGAGGAAAUGCAUGGCGUGCCUGUCUUGGGAAGAUCUGCCGUACCCAAUAUCUUCGUCAUUAUCCAGUUAAAUUGAUUCGACCUGAUGGAUCAAGUGUUGAAAUUCGUUACCUUGAACCGAGAGCAGUUGUACGACUACCCGUUGAUGUCAACACUUUGAGUGACGAUGAAAAACGGCAACGACUAGCAGCAAGGAAACCAAAAACAAUGAAGAUCGUUCAGGAACAAAUCGACGAUAACUUUGAUGCCACCGAAUAUAUGAAGUUUUGGAGUCCACAGGAUGUACUCGAAUCAAAGCCCAAGAAGGUUCAGAAAAUGAAAUAA